CGCCUUUACAGUUGCAUAACAUGUCUUGAAAGAGUUGAGGUUAACAACUCGUCAUUCCUCGUAACAUUUUCUGGUAACUAAACUCACCGAACCCAGCCUCAACCUGAACAAAUCCCGAUUGUGGACUGGCUCCAUUCCAUGUUUUGGUCUCAAAAUCAAAAUCAUAAACAAAGCAAAGAAGGAAAACAUUGAACAAUGAAGAACGCUAUGGGUAUGGUGUUCCUUGCCAGAAGAAUACUAACAAAGGCCAACUGCCCAGCUUCAAAACUGCGAUACUAUUCUUCCCCACCCUCCUCUCCUCCCCCUAACAAUAAGCUCUUUGUUGGAGGUUUAUCAUGGUCAGUGGACGAGAAGUCCCUGACUGACGCUUUUUCUUCCUUUGGAGAGGUCACUGAAGUGAAUAUACUUUAUGAUAAAGACACCGGAAGGUCUAGAGGCUUUGGGUUUGUUAAUUUUUCAAAGGAAGAUGAUGCAAGAUGUGCAAAGGAUGCUAUGGAUGGGAAGGCAUUGUUAGGUCGACCACUGCGGAUAAGCUUUGCUCUUGAGAAGGUUCGUGGUGGUCCUGUUGUAGUUCCUCAUCUUUCAAAAAUUGGAGAUAUUGCAACUCGCAAUACUUAAAUGCCCUGGGUUUUUUGAGACCUUUGACUUGUGCCCAACUAUUUAAUGGAGUUCUAUGGUGAAGGGUUUGGUGAUUGGAGAGGUGAAUGUGGAUGUUGAUUAUGGACAGCUACAUAUGAAGCUUUAUCACUUGUAAGUAGUAACUCUGACCUGCCUUUUCUCUUUCAAGAGUGGGUGAUUCAGCCCGAACUCCAAUGAUUGGGCCAAAACCAUAAACACCGAACUUCCUCACAGUUUAGAUAACUAGAUAUUAAAGAGGUGGGUUGCUUCUAUACAUACUAGGCCCCGAGAUCAAUCAUGAUGUGCAUAACGUCACAUUGUAUUGUACUGAGGCACUAAUUAUAUUAUUGAACACUAGUUUUGAAUCACGUGUAAAUUACAAUUAGAGAAUGUUAAUAAUAAACAAUAUUAUAAUUCUCACAUUA